AUUAGCGCCACAUCCCCCAAUCUCCGAAUGAUGACGUGCCGUGAUGCCACCACAAGACAUUCGUCCACACGUCAGGAUAUCUACAUCCACUUGUCCACACCUGUGAGCAGUGCUCGCCGAGGACACCCUCCCACUUCAGUACACCAUCCCAAGGCCGGAUCAGCACUUCCAGACCCAGUCGCGGCCCCAGCCCGCCUGCCCAGCCCGCUCGCUCGAUCGCUGCAGCCGCCGCCGAUCUCCUUGAGCACAGCACCUCACCUGCACCACACCACACCACCGCCCGCUUGUGCGGCGCACGGACCCCUGCACUAAUGAACGUCAUCCACACACACAUCUCAGCCCCAUGCGCUAGCUGAACCCUUUGCCUUCUCAUUGACGCCAUCUCAAGUAGACCACAUUUGACGAUACCAACCAAACACUCCAUUGCUCGCUCGCCGUAUAUGAGUCUCCUUCGCAACUUACUGCGGAGAUUACCCACGCGCACUGCCACGAGAGAAUACGCGCACGUGCACGAUAUUCAGAUCAAGUACGCGAGAGCGCCGCCGAUUAGUGAGGAGUUUAGGGAGGGAGAACAGCAAGACGUCGGGAGUAUGGAACGGAAUGUAUUCAAACAGCCCCUCGCUCUCCACUCCACGCGCCCGUUAACCGGCUUCAUGCGCACGGGGUACUGCGAGGCGCCUAGGUCAGAUGCUGGGAAUCACUCCGUUGCUGGCAUCGUGUCAAAUGAGUUCUUGGAUUUCUCUGCAUCGCGAGGAAACGAUCUCCGGCAAGCUGGGCUUACGGACGGGUGCAAAUGGUGUCUGUGCCUCAGUCGGUGGAAAGAAGCGUUCGAUGCGAGGUCGGGAGAUGACGACAAGAAGGUUCCGAAGAUUGUGCUGAAAGCUACGAAUGAGAGGGCGCUGGAGGGUGUUUCAAUGGAUGAUUUAAGGAAGUUUGCUGUGGAUAAGGAGUAGCGUAAUUAUCAGCCCUUCGUCACAAAUCAAAUAUUAUCAAGGACAGCUACCAACGUUCAAC